AUGGACUCGCAAGCUCGUCGAUUGUAUACCGCCGAGGCAUCAAAGACUACGUAUGGUCUCGCGCUCAUCCUUUUGAUCGAUAUCUCGAAAGUUGGCAUUUCAUUUCCGCUCAGAACCACUGUUUGCUCAUCGCAACCCAUCGUUGGGCUUUUACUGGGAUUUUCUAGUCGUCAUCGUUGCCAGAGCAAGUCUCCAUCCUCUGAGGCGGAUGUGGACGAUACCACUGGAAGUAUCUCCGCGUCAACACCGCGCAUCAUGCAUCAAUCCAGGAGACCUGACCGCUCAGAGGUCUUUAUCCAUGUCGAGACUUGGUUGACGCAUUCACAUAACGCAAGACAUGCUUGCCAACGGUAUGCCCACCCAAUCACCCAAGCAAAGGCUGCCCUUGAUUCUGAUGGUUCAUCCUUUGGGCUUGGUAUAAAUAUUGCUCUGUUCAUGCCGCGCAUAGCACUCACAACCUCCAUGGCUACCAACACUACCAUUGCAGGCACAAGCUUCUUCCCAUCCAUAUCCUUUGGCAACAGUCUCGACGAAAUCGGGGCACUCACCACCCUCGUCGGAUCGUCAAUCACCGAAUCCUUCGUGUUGGGUCAACGUGGAGCGGCGGGCCUGGCAUGGGCACCCAUUAGCACUUUCGGAGCCCUGUCUGUUGUGAAGGGUUGUAUCAGUGGUGCUAGUCCUGGAUGGCUGAGACAUACGUUGGGGUUGAGAACGAAGGCGUCGGAUUCGGCCAUAGGCAUGGACGUGAGGCUCGGUUCGAGAGGCUGGGGCGUCGCGAACAAGGUCCGAAGUACAUUGGAGGUACCAUUGGGGCUGUACCGAUAUCAUAGCUCAAUUCACAACCCUGCUAGGGAGCACUCGCUAUGUCGAGACGUGUACGCGUUCGACUCUUCGACAUCCACCGUCCUCAAUGAGCUCCCUGCAACAGACGCGGACGAGGCUUUCGCCGUGUACACCUACGGAGACCACCCUUUCGCUCGAAAACACCGAUCCCGCUUUCAAUUUGCGGCACUCUCUGUCUCUACGCUCAAGCUCACAGAGGCAUGGUGUCUCUGGCGACUUGCUGGACCGCUUCUUGCCAUCGUCACAGUAAUUCCAUGGACGUACUUCUUUCUCUUCGCCGUAGUCGUUGAGCUCCACGAAAUCAUCAUCUCACGGGCCCUUAUCCUGACUGGAGGCGAUAUCGACAUCAUCGCCGGCCAGUUGCCUUCCACCAAGAAACCAGGAGGAUCCAAGAAGAUAUUUCUCGGCGCCGUUGACGAUCCGAGACGACACAGGUGGUGGCGUACGGCAUGGCUUUUCGGCGCCAUCCUGUGUACAUUUUCCAUCGUCCUGACUUAUUUCAUCCUCGCCCAACAACCCACUUCCAUCACGCUUCUUUGGACGGCGUUUCAAGCGCUCUGGUUCAUCCUUCGUAUCGUCGUGUAUCACUUCUCAAGUCCGAGUAUGCCCAUGGCGCAUCGUAUGGUGGUGAAGAGACCGUGGGACGGUCUACCGGAGGAUAUGAAGGAGAGGGUGUUACAUCUCUUUUUGGGCAUCGCGACGUAUCAGAUCCAAAACCAUCCGCGAGAAUCGAACGGGCACGUCUACGGAGAAGACUGUCUCUCCGCUCCGCUCCUCAUUCGAUGGAUUCGGCAAUCUACCUCAGGAUCCCCACUUGCAUCAUCCGUAUUUUCGCUGGCAUACCCUCUCAGCGCGAGCCAUUUGCCGCCCAUAAGGGAGACCAAAAUUCACGCUGCGUCAGUCAAUGUUCGGGUACUCGGAGUGAUAGGGGACACUACGUUAUCGACCAUGGCGUGGAUGGCAGGGUCGAAGCUUGCGCCAAUGGACGUCUACGACUGCUGUAUUUUAUUUUUUAGUCGUACCGUUGAUCGCCCUCGAAAUCCUGGCACGCCGUCUAUCUUUGCUAUACCCGCUGUUCGUGUCUUGUCGUGCACCUCCGCAAGCUCCGACACCGUCGAUCACGAGCGCAAUAUCUCACAUCCGAUGUUCAUACCGCGCGGUGCCUCCAGCCAAACCGGGGACGUACAGACAUGGCAUUACUGGGUUCCCUGUGAUGGCAUGCCUUCGAUAUCGGUCCCAGAAACUUCAAAAUCACCGUCGCCGACCAUGUGGCUACAUCUCCGGAGCGAGAACGUUCGGAUAGUCGGUAGUCAGAGGGCGGAGGUGCUUUCUGACCUUGAGCUUGAUAGAAGGCUGGCUGCGGGGCGGUUGAAUAUUGGGCUGACGGGCAUUGGUGAUGUGCAAGAUGCUUUGGAGUCGUCGAGGAGGGUGGCGCUGCUUUGGUGGCAAUGGUUCGGUGUUAGAUCUUGA